AUGGAGGUGGAUCAAGAAGUGUUUGAGGGAUUCAAUCCUUUCGAGGUCAAGCAGAAAGUGAUUAUGCUUGUUCAGUCUGCUACCAAGAAGCAGUUUGAGCAGGACAAGAAGCGGAAGGAUAAAGAACUUAUGUUGAAGGUGAAGGAGCUUACUGGUAAGAGGGAAAAACUAGAGAGGGGUGAAGGGAAAGAUGAUGCAAAGGUUGGUGAAGAGAACGUCGAGGAGCAGGAUGUUGAGGGUCCGAAGAAGGGUGAGGAUGUAAUUCCUUGA